CUAUAUGGAUUAUGCGUACACACUCAUUGCGUUAUAUGAUAUGACAUACGGCUGCAAAAAAAUCGUUGAAGUCAUUUAAGUAUCUAGAUAACUGGUAAAGAGGUCCACAACAUAAUAUUUAACGAAUUCACACUAAAAAUCGUUUGUAAUAAUUAUCAAAACCUACAUAUUUUCAUCUAUCCCGAAAAUCGUUCUCAAUAUUACACACUUUUAACACCACGGCGUUGAAAGCUGUAAAGCUGCUUGAAAAAUACUUUUUUUUUAGGUCAAUUAUGUCAUAUUAUCGUAACCACGUAUCUGACCUCUAUUUUGUUUAAUAAUUUUAAAAGACCCAUCGUAACAUAAAAUAUAUGAACGAUUAUGUAGGAGACCAUUACUCCCCAAUGACUACAUAACACUGUUACACCCGUCUAAUCUAUACGACAGUUGAUAAAAACAUAAUAUGUUAUAUAGAUCAGUAAUCACUAAUAUAUUUAUAGCGCAGCAUUUCAGUAUAUUUGCGUAAUAUAAAAUCGAUAAUUGUUCAUAUAAUUUUAGAAGUAUCGUAUUCCCUCCACAAAUAGAUUAUAUCAUCUCGAAAUCCAAUUUAAGAAUAAUAAAAAAAAAAACAAUAUAAAUUACGUUUUCUUAGAUGUAAAUUCAUAGUAGUAAUUCAUUAUUCAUCCGUACUCCGUAAGCGUUCCCUGCGACAAUUCACAGUUACGUUACAUUAUUUCGUAACAAUGAUUUCGUACCUGAUCAAUUUGAUGUUUGAUAACAUCCUUUUGAGUUUAAUUAUUGUUUGUACUUUCCUUUAUUAUUAUACGACGUCGACGUACGACACAUGGAGAAAAUUAAAUGUGCCGUACGCAAAACCAGUGCCUAUUUUCGGGAAUAUAUUCAAAAUGUUCACGGGCUUAGAGCAUCAAGUGGACGCAUUCGGACGAAUUUAUCAACAAUUUCCCAAUGAAAAAUUUUGCGGAUUUUAUCAAAUGAGUACGCCGUUUUUAAUGAUUCGUGAUCCAGAGUUGAUCAAUACGAUGAUCAUCAAAGACUUCUCGUAUUUCACCGACCACGGUAUUGACAUGAACCCUUCGGUAAACGUAAUGGCGAGAAGCUUGUUUUUUGCGACCGGACAAAAAUGGAAAAUAAUGAGACAAAAACUAAGUCCAGGAUUCACGUCUGGUAAGCUGAAGGGUACGCAUGAACAAAUCCGAGAGUGCAGCGAUCAGUUGACAAACUGUAUUCAUGAUAAAUCCAAGGAAACCGACGGAAUUGAAGUAUAUGAACUCGUCGGAAAUUUAGCCACUGACGUAAUUGGAACAUGUGCAUUUGGUAUGAAAUUGGAUACAAUUAAUAACGACAACUCAAGUUUUAGACAGAAUGUAAAAAAAGUGUUCAAACCUAGUGGUAAAGUAAUUUUUCUUCAAAUACUUGGAGUUCUAUUUCCGAAAAUCAUUAAGAUCUUAAAACUUCAAACUUCUCCAGUGGACGUAAAUGCCAUUAAUUUUUUCCAUUCAGUAUUUAGAGAAGUCAUCGAGUAUAGGACCAAAAAUGAUGUGGUUAGAAACGACCUAACACAAACAUUAAUGAAAGCAAGACAGGAUUUGGUUAUAAGCAGUGAUUAUAAAGGAGAAGAAAAGUAUUGUGAAUUAGAUAUAAUUGCAAAUGCAAUGUUGUUGUUUACGGCUGGUUCUGAAACUGUAACUGCCACAGCAUCUUUUUGUUUUUAUGAGUUGGCAUUGCACAAAGAUAUCCAAGACAGAUUACGUGCCGAGAUAAUUUCGUCGAAAAUAAAGUAUGGUGGACAGCUUAACAAUGAAUUUUUAGAAGAUCUUCAUUACGCCGAUAUGGUUUUAGAUGAAACUCAUCGUAAGUACACUAUUAUUACGGCCCUACUGAGAGGAGCUACACAAGAUUAUGACGUACCCGGAGAAUCAUUAACAAUUGAAAAAGGACAAAAAAUUUUAAUACCAAUUUAUAGUAUACAUCAUGAUCCAAAGUAUUAUCCGAAUCCAGAUACUUUCGAUCCGGAAAGAUUUACUGCGGAAGAAAAAUCUAAACGACCGAACGGAACAUUUUUACCGUUUGGAGAUGGACCUCGUCAUUGCAUAGGAAAACGUUUUGCUGAAUUGGAAUUAAAAAUUAUUUUAACAAAAAUACUAUCGAAAUUUGAAAUUUCACCUUGUGAAAAAACGGAAGUACCGUUGCAAAUGAAAAAAGAACGUGGGAUAACUUCACCGAAAAAUGGAAUUUGGUUAAAUUUUAAGCCAAUUUACUCAGUACUCACUAGUCAUUCAAUAAAAAUGAUUUCGUACUUGAUAAAUUGUUUGUUCGAUCCCAUUAUCUUAUGUCUCAUUAUUAUUAAUUGUACUUUUCUCUACUAUUAUUUAACAUCCACUUAUGAUAAAUGGUCAAAAUUAAAUGUUCUCCAUGUAGAACCGAUCCCUUUGUUCGGGAAUGUGUUCAAAAUGAUGGUUGGCUUAGAACGGCAAGUACAAUUGUUCGAUCGAAUUUAUCAUCGAUUUCCUGAAGCAAAAAUUUGUGGUUUUUAUCAAAUGAGAAUUCCGUAUUUGAUGAUUCGAGAUCCAGUAUUAAUCAACACGAUUUUGAUCAAAGACUUCUCACAUUUCGUUGACCACGGUAUAGACAUUGACGAGUCGGUUAACAUAAUGGGGAGAAGCUUGUUUCUUACGAACGGACAAAAAUGGAAAAUAAUGAGACAAAAACUAAGUCCGGGAUUCACGUCGGUUAAACUCAGAGGAACACACGAACAGAUUCAAAAGUGUACUGAUCAAUUGUUGAAUUAUAUUGACGAAAAUUCCAAACAGAAAACUGACGGCACAGAAGUAAAUAAAAUCAUCAAAAAUUUAACCAUUGACGUCAUUGGAACGUGUGCUUUUGGUAUGAAAUUGGACACCAUUAAUAGUGAAAAUAAUGUCAACUUCAAAAAAUAUGUAAAUAAACUAAUAAAACCCAACGGCAAACUACUUUUCUUUCAAUAUUUACUUGGAACGCUGUUUCCAAAAGUUAUUAAGUUGUUAAAAAUUCAAACAAUUGACGUUGAUGCUACUAAUUUUUUUCGUUCUGUGUUUAGAGAAGUCAUUGAUUAUAGGACUGAACAUAAUGUGGAUAGAAACGAUAUCGCUCAAACGCUAAUGAAAGCUAGAAAUGAUUUGGUACUAAACAACGAAUCGACAGGCGGCGAAAACUAUUGUGAAUUGGAUAUCAUUGCAAACGCAAUGUUAUUUUUUGCCGCUGGUACAGAAACUGUAGCCGCUACAGCAUCGUAUUGCCUUUACGAGUUAGCAAUAAACACAGAUAUUCAAGACAGACUACGAGCAGAAAUUACUUCGUCGAAAAUAAAACAUGGUGCACAGAUUAACAUUAACAAUGAAUUUUUAGAGGAUCUUCACUAUGCCGAAAUGGUUAUAAAUGAGACUCUUCGGAAGUAUACCUUAUUUGCGACCUUAAUGAGAAAAUCUACUCAGAAUUAUGACGUACCCGGAGAAUCAUUAACUAUUGAAAAGGGACAAAAAAUUACAAUACCACUAUAUAGUAUACAUCAUGAUCCAAAGUAUUAUCCAAAUCCCGACACUUUCGAUCCGGAAAGAUUUACUGAAGAAGAAAAAUCUAAACGACCUAAUGGUACCUUUUUACCGUUUGGCGAUGGCCCUCGUCAUUGCAUAGGAAAACGUUUAGCUGAAUUAGAACUAAAAUUGAUCAUAUCAAAAAUAUUAUCGAAUUUUGAAAUUUUACCUUGUGAAAAAACUGAAAUUCCUCUUACAUUUAAAACAGAACGUGGAAUGAUUACUUCAAAAAAUGGUGUUUGGUUAAGUUUUAAAACGAUUAAAAAUUAAUUAAAAGGUUAAAAGAAACUAAUUUUUGAUUCAUUUAGUAAUGAAUAAUUCUUAAAUGUAAGUAUAAUAUUAUUUUGAUUUAGGUAUAUUUUUAAGCACAUACCUGGCUACCAAUACCUACGGUAAACAGUUCUUUAUGGAUUUUAAAAACGAAAAGAAUUAUACUUUCUAGUUCCUACAUUUAAACAUUUUCAAUAUUUCUUAGUUCAAGAUAUUUUAACCGUAAUUAUUUGUUUGAGUUGUGAGAUUGUCCAAAAUAUUUUUAGAGGUUAGUUAUUUUCGACAAAUGUAUGUCUAGUGUUUAACAAUAUUAUAUCUUUUCAUAUCACAUUAUUAUUGACUAAACAUUUUUUAAUUUGUAUUUACUGAAUUCAACAAUUUCAAAAAUAUCAUUUUUGGAUAGCUUAAUUUAUGCAGUUUGAACUUUUAAAUAAUGUAAUUAUAUAAGCGCUUAUUAUACUAUUAUUAUGACUAUAAAAUACAAAAAUGUAGAUUUGCUACAAAAGACAAAUCCCUCACGAGUUUUUGAUAAAUAUAUGAACUAUGUAAUACUACGAGUAGGUAUAUGAUUGAUUGUAAUUUGUGACUUUUAAGUUGUGAAGUGGACUAUUUACUGUAAAUUUUAAUAUAAAUAAAAAUUAAUGAUUACAAA